CUCAGUCCCGCCGCGCUGUCUUACAGGAGAGGACAUAAAACUUGCUCAGAGACUUUUUACCCGCAGCUCGACCCACCGCGCCUUUCUCCUCCAGACACCCAGAACUCCUCCGUCUCCAAUGAAGCGCUACCUGGCCCUGCUGAGUGUUCGUGCGUGGUAAAUUAGGCUCGUUUUUUGUCGCCAUGAGCUGCCUGGAUGUGAUGUAUCAAGUGUACGCUCCACCUCAGCCCUACUUCACCGCCACUUACAGCCCCUAUCACCACCAGAAACUCGCCUCUUUCUACUCGAAGAUGCAGGAAGCGCAGGAAGCGGCGAGCGGCGGGAGCGCCUCGUUCUCCAGUUCGCACGCGCCGCCCGUUAAAGAAGAAGAGCCGCGCGACCCCGCGCCCGAGGCCGAGUACCUGAGCGCGCGCUGCGUGCUUUUUACCUACUUCCGAGGGGACAUCAGCUCUGUGGUGGACGAGCACUUCAGCCGCGCGCUCAGCCAGGCCGCGGGACACGCCCACUCCUCCUCCAGCGGCGGCAAACCCGCGCGGGGCUCCAGCUCCUGGAAAGAUGGUUCAUUCCCAAUGAGUCAGCGAAGCUUUCCUCCGUCAUUCUGGAACAGCGCAUAUCAGCCUUCGGUCACAGCUUCUCUAAGCAGUGCUCUGGGUGCAUCCCACUCAGAGCUUCCCUUUGGAGCUGACCCCUACUCCCCGACCUCCUUACACAGCCACCUCCACCAGACCACGCCGGAGCCAUGGCACCCAACACACCAUCACCACCACCACCACCCUUACUCGCUCAGCGGAGCCAUCAGCUCCCAGAGCUCCGCCUACUCCCGGCCCUCCAUGCACGACAUGUACGGGACACACUUUGACCCCCGAUACGGUUCUCUGCUGGUCCCUUCGGUGCGACCACACAGGCUGCCUGCUUCCACGGUGCCCGCACCCGGACCUUCACCCUGUGACAUCAGCAAAACUGAGCCGGUCAGCUCUGCCUGGACUGGAGCCUUUACCGGGACGGGCUCGGACAUGGGCCAGGGUCUCAGCCUGAAUGUGGAGACAGCUCGGCGCUACACGCUCUGCGGCGGAGGCAUCCUGAGCUGAAAUCAUGCCAAAGUGGAUGAACCCCCCAGGCCCAGGCUCCAUGAGAGGCCCAUACUGAGACACUAAAAGCUAACAGAGACUCCGGCUGAGAGAUGGACAAAAAAACAGCAUUAAACGGCCUUCCCGAAAUACACAGCGGUGUGACCACGCGGCAGCUGUUCUCUCGCUGGCUCGCUCGCCGCUUGUUCUUUCUAUCUCGCCGGCCUCAAAAGCUCUCAGCCUGUUCCAAAGUGGACACAUGGUCCAAAAGAAAAUAAAAAAGAACAAGCAACUUUGGCUUGGGAGGAGGGGGAAGAGACGCGCGAGAGCUUAAAAGUCAGAAGUGACCGGACGCCCUUUACAUGGGGACCAUGGCCAGUGCCAGAGGAGAGGCUGCUGUGUUAUUGUGACUUUCUUUUUUUAUUAGAAAUUAGAGACUCUGAUGAGAGAGCAGCAUUCCCUGUCAUGACAGAAGAGAGCAGGGGCUAUUUGAAGCCACUUGACUCUAUCUAUAUUGCUCUCAGCAGCUGUCAUCGACAACUGUUUUGGAACUCCGCACGCACACUCACAAUGGCAGUGUCACUGUGCAGUGUUUCGACCAAGCAGGGGCUCAGGAUUUCAUAAAAGGAGCAUUUUGUCAUUUCUGGACCCCCACCCACACAGGGAACAACUGGUUUGGCUUUUUUGAUUUAAGGAUGAAUGACGGGGGUGGGUGAAAGGAAGUGCCUGUGGACGGACAGACACAGAAACACACACACACCACCUCUGUUUCAACUAUCUGUGUUGCUGUAUACACUAUAUGUGUGUGAAUGUGACUAGUGCAAGGAACUGUGGACACAUUGCCAUAAAAGUCACAUUCUUUUAAUGUUGAUUCUCUUUGACUGUCGGCCAUCGCUGGCUCUGCACGACAGGUCCUAAUGGUGUAUUGUGGAUAUAUUAAUAUAUUGCAUUGUAAAGUAUUUCACAUUGAUAGUGCAUUGAGGAGCCUUCAGUGUUAUCUGUAUUUCCUGUGUAAUGUUGUAUUCAAUGGAACAGUGUAAUUAAAACUGCAACUACAUUCAAAUGUGCUGAAGGCUUUCAGUAUUUAUCAUAUGCAGCAGUAAACGCAUUUCUUUAACAGGUGAGUAGAGAUGUUCAUAUUGACCUCAUCUUAUAAGUUAUUCUAUAUAGUGCUACUACUAUGACCUGUUGAUUGAUAAAGUCAUUCAAUCCAACCUUCAGAUCUUUUAAAAGAAUAUGACACAAAUGGAAUAGUUUUCUUUCAGUCUUACCAAUAUACCAUUGAGGUCUUUGUGUGUCCAUUUUGUUGCAUACAUUAUCAAGCGUAAUAAAUGCUGCAUAUAUUGCGAAUGCUGCUGCUAUACUAUGGGUAUUCAGAUAAUUUCCAAGGUCAAGACAGCUGGGAGUUGGGAAUAUAAGCCAAUAUAAGAACAGUUUAAAGGACAGAUGUGUGAAAGCAACAAGAAAAAACUUCUUAACUUUCAAUGAAAGCCAGUGACUUGUAUUGCAUUUCUGUAGGUCUAUUCAUCAUGAAAUUCUGACACAAUGAAAGAACAAUGACCGUGCUCAUAUUAUUUAAAAAAUGUGUGAUAGCAAUGAUA